GAGGCGGAGCCAAGGGCGGCCUCAAGCCUGCGAGGCGUCCUGUGUGUGGAUGCCUGCCUGCCUGCUUGCCUGUGUCUGGAUGUGUGUGUGUGUGUGUGGGUUGAGUGUGACACAUGAGUUGCGACUCAAAAGGAGUUGGGGGGCCUCUGGAAGAGAGAGAGAGAGAGAGAAGAGAGGGAGGGAGAAAAAGAGGAGGGGGAAAUAAGCCAUUUUUCCCAAGCCCGCCAUACCAAGUUGCAUCCAAACCCACCACCAGCUUUAUUGAUUCUGCAAAACAGGGGGCAGGCAUUUCUCUCUCUCUUCCCCCCUCUCUUUCCUCUUUGGUUGUCCCCUUUUCCUUUCCUUUCCUUUCUUUCCCACACCCAAAUAGAACUGGGAUUUUUUUUCUUCUUCCCCACUUUCCCUGUUUACUAAAUCACUUUCCCUAUUUACUAAAUUGAAUCAGAAACUUUUUUUUAUUUUUUUGCAAUCAGAAGAAUCUAUCCAAAGUUUCCUUACAUACACAACCCAGUGUGUGAGGUUGUUUUUUCUUCUUCUUCCCUCCCUUUCUGUUUCUUUCUCUCUGGCUUUCCCUCCCACCUUCUGGGACUUCCUCCCUUUUUGGACCUACCCAACAUUUUGUGCAAAAGGCAUCUCCACCAGCCAUGAACAAGCUCUACAUUGGGAACCUCAACGAGAACGUGACUCCUGCGGAUUUGGAGAAAGUCUUCAACGACCACAAAAUUUCCUUCUCGGGCCAGUUCCUGGUGAAAUCUGGCUACGCCUUUGUGGAUUGCCCAGAUGAGCAAUGGGCCAUGAAAGCCAUCGAAACUUUCUCGGGGAAAGUGGAGCUGCAUGGAAAACAGCUUGAGAUUGAACACUCUGUACCUAAAAAGCAAAGGUAAUCCAAUUGUUUAAUUUCUUUAAUUUUGUCAGUA